AUGAACAGACGAGAUCAGUUUCAAGAGAUCAAGAAGAAUCGCAACAAGAGCGCCGGAAAGGGGAAGAAAUUCCCCGUUGAGAUUACAGAAAGAGUCGAUGUGUCGGACAGCAUAGCCCUUCAGAAGGCAAAGGACUAUGUCAACAUACGGCAAUUUGUCAAGGAGUGCCGCAGGCGUUGGGGUAUGGAUAAAGAAGUUGCCAAGGAGGAAUGGAAAACAUUGCUGGCAGACCCCAAAGUUCCAAAGUCCGAAGAUGAACGUGGCUGGGUCACUAUGCCAGCGUUGUCGAGUGUCAAGUCUGGCCCCAAGAUCUUGAUGAGUCAGCUGCUUUUGAAUUCUCGAAUGUCUAUAUAUAGAUUUAUAUAUAUAGUUAUUUAG